GCCCCGCCCCUCCAGUCAGCUCCGCCUCCUCUUGAUCUCCGAGGUCCCCAGCAGGGCCCACUCAAACUUCACGACACACUCGAGUACCCGCUUGGCUUCUUUCCCCGAAAAACGACCCAUAUUCGGCCCAACCCCUUUCAUCGAAAAGCUCCCACUAGGGACCCCAGUCACUUCCCUAGAGAAAGCCUCACUUCUUCCUCUCCCUCCAUCCCAACUCUUAAAAGGGCCCCAAGCUCGGCCUCCUCUCUCCAGCUGAUUUAUCCCCACUCUUCUCCUCCUCCUUUUUCUCCUCCCCCAAUCGGCCAUCAACCCCUCCCGCUUUCCCCACGUGAUCCUCGUGACUCUGCCUUCCCCUCCGGAGUUUCGCAGUCAGACCCGCCCCCAUUUCCAAAAGCGUGCACAAUAAUUGGCUCCAGCGAGUCGCCCUCCCUCCUGGGCGGCAGAGUCGCUUCCAUUGGUGCGCGGUUACUAUGGCGUAGCUCUGCCGUCAAAGCCAAUUGGUGACGACCUCUUCCCCGCGAGAUACCCCGGAGAGGCGUGUGUCGCAGCCACUUUUGCUCUGUUGGUUUGAAAUUCCUACAUCAUGGCGGCGGCUACGGGCGCGGGCGCGGGCGGGGGCGCUGUCAGUGCCGCUGCCGCUGCCGCGGCUUCGGGCUCGGAUAGCUGUAGCGAGGACGCGUCGGGCGGAGUAGGGGAAGAAGCGGGAGGCCUGGAGAAGGACGACGUCAUGCGGGCGGCCGAGGCCGUAGGGGAGAGCGAGGAAGACGAAGAGGAUGUGUUCGAGGUGGAGAAGAUCCUAGACGUGAAGACCGAGGCGGGUAAAAUUCUUUACAAAGUUCGAUGGAAAGGAUAUACUUCUGAUGAUGAUACUUGGGAGCCGGAAGUUCAUCUUGAGGACUGCAAAGAAGUUCUUCUUGAAUUUAGGAAAAAAAUUGUGGAUAACAAAACUAAACCUGUUAAGAAGGAUAUACAGAGACUAGUUUUGAAUGAUGAUGACAUAUUUGAGGCAGAAUCUGACAGCGAUUGGCAAAGUGAAACAAAAGAGGACAUUUCCCCCAAGAAAAAGAAGAAAAAGUCAAGACACAGAGAAGACAAAAGUCCUGAUGAUUUGAAAAAGAGAAAAUGGAAAUCUGGUAAACUGAAAGAUAAGUCUAAAACACAAUUGGAAAAUUCUUCAGAAAAUUUGGGUUUUGAUUCAAAGUCCAAGAAAAGGAUUUUGGAAUCCAAAGAAGAUUCAAAGGAGUACAAAAAGACCAAAAAAGAUGAUUUAAAAGAAACAAAGAAAGUAAAACGGGGUGAAAUUAAAGACUCAAAGGGGAAAGUAAGAGACGAUUUUAAAGAAAGCAAAAAAAAGAGAGAGAAACUUAAUGAAUCUCUGUUAGAAUCUGAAUCAAGUACAUUUGAUGAUUCACUUUCUCAGUUGGCUGAUGAUGACAGUGAAGAUUUACCUUCUGAUAACAGAGGAGAGAAACAAAAAUUUAAAAGUGGAAAAGAUAAGUUAGAACAUGACAUAAUUCAAGAUAUGAUUUCUGAUAAACAACCAGAUGAUGCAGGAAGUGCUGAAGAAGAUACUGAUGUCAGAACAAAAAGGAAAAAAAAGAAAUUAAAGAAAGCUGAGGAAUAUAAAGAAGAAAUUAGAAAAGUAGAAAAUAAGGACCCAUACUCAGAGAAGAAAAUUUUAUACAAAAAGCAAAAGAAUCAAGAAAAAGUCAAAGGUUCUGUAGAGGUAGAUAAAUUAAUACCUACAGCUGCUCAAAUUCAGAAGAGCACAAAACUGGGUAGUGAAGAACGAGGUCGAAGGUCUACUGAUUCAGUUGGAGAGGAGAAAGAAACACGGAAAAAUGAAGUAAAAGAAAAAUAUCAGAAAAGGUAUGAUUCUGACAAGGAAGAAAGGGGGAAAAAAGAGCAAAAGGGAAUAAAGACUUUUAAAGAAAUGAGGAAUGCAUUUGAUUUAUUUACAUUAACACCAGAAGAAAAAAAUGACUAUUCAGAGAAUAAUCGGAAAAGAGAAGAAACAUUUACUGAAGACUACAGAACUAAGGAAAAUAAGCAAUUAUACAAGGAGAGAAGAAGUACAAGGGAUGAAACUGAUACAUGGGCUUACAUAGCUGCAGAAGGUGAUCAAGAGGUACUGGACAAUGUGUGUCAAAUGGAUGAAAAUUCUGACAGGCAGCAAGUUUUGAGUUUGGGAAUGGAUUUGCAGUUGGAAUGGAUGAAAUUAGAAGAUUUUCAAAAGCAUCUUAAUGGAGAAGAUGAGAAUUUUACAACAGCGGAUGCUAUACCAAGUAACUUACUGAGGGAUGCAGUGAAAAAUGGAGAUUAUGUUACAGUAAAAAUUGCACUUAAUUCAAAUGAGGACUACAAUUUGGACCAAGAGGACUCUAGUGGAAUGACACUGGUGAUGCUUGCAGCAGCAGGAGGACAAGACGACCUACUCAGGCUCCUUAUCAAGAAAGGAGCUAAAGUUAAUGGUAGACAAAAAAAUGGAACCACUGCUCUCAUUCAUGCAGCUGAGAAGAACUUUUUAACUACAGUGGCUAUUCUUUUGGAGGCUGGAGCUUUUGUGAAUGUUCAGCAGAGUAAUGGAGAAACUGCUUUAAUGAAGGCUUGUAAAAGAGGAAACUCGGAUAUUGUAAGGCUUGUGAUUGAAUGUGGAGCAGAUUGUAAUAUUUUGUCAAAACAUCAGAAUAGUGCUUUGCAUUUUGCUAAGCAGUGUAAUAAUGUAUUGGUAUAUGACCUGCUGAAGAGUCACUUAGAAACACUCUCAAGAGUGGCAGAAGAAACCAUAAGGGACUACUUUGAAGCCCGGCUCGCCCUCCUAGAGCCCGUGUUUCCAAUAGCAUGUCACCGCCUUUGUGAAGGUCCAGACUUUUCAACUGAUUUCAAUUACAAACCACCACAGAACAUACCAGAAGGUUCUGGAAUUCUCCUGUUUAUUUUCCAUGCAAACUUUUUUGGUAAGGAAGUCAUUGCUCGACUUUGUGGACCAUGUAGUGUACAAGCUGUAGUUUUGAAUGACAAAUUUCAACUUCCUGUAUUUCUGGAUAGCCAUUUUGUUUAUUCCUUCAGUCCUGUUGCAGGCCUCAAUAAACUUUUUAUACGCCUGACAGAAGCACCUUCUGCCAAGGUAAAAUUGCUUAUAGGUGCAUACAGAGUACAAUUGCAGUGACCAAAAAAAGGCAGUGAUAAGGAUCAUGAUGAAGUUAUUUUUGAACCUGAUACUGGUUACUUCAGUCUGAUAAA